AAAAAUUCAAAACAUAUUCUCAUUUGCUAUGCCUUCAAACCAUAUUUCUCAUUUGCUCUACUUCGUCUCACAUUUCAUGUUGAGCUGGGGUUUAUGCGAUAUCACUCUCUUCUUCAGAAAACUUCUAAAGGGGAGCUAUCACUCUUUGUCUCUUUUUAAGUUCAUGGUGGAGCUAGGGUUUCCACAAAAUGACCGUUGUAAGUUUACCUGCUUUCUCUUCAUUGGAGGAGUUCUAAAGGGAGUUAUGGUUUUUUUUGUCUUGGGUAAGUAAAGGGUUUCUAAAUGAGAUAAUUCCUUAUGUAUUUUGGUUCUGAAAACUUGUAGAGGGAAAGAUUUACCAAAGAUGAGAACAGAGGUUGCAGAGAAAAGGAAUUGGUUUUAGGGUACCGACAACUCCUCGUUUAUUUUGCUUCGAUCGAGGAUAGUUGCACACAAUGGGCACUGUUUUGAGGGUUUCAGUUUAUGAUAUUUUGAUUAUUGGCACCUUGUUUGAGAGCAGAUAGAGAGAGGGACAAUGGAUUCUAGGGCUCUAAUCCAUGAAAGUUUUGUUUGAUUUCAUCGAUGCUGGUUCUUUAAAGCUCACACUUGAUUCGGAAGAGCCAUAUGUCUAAAUCAUCAGUUUCCAAGGUUUCUUCUAGUGGGCUUUUGCAGUACAUUCCAGAGCUUGAACAAAUGGUAAAGUAGUUCAUCUAUCCUGAUUUGACAAAGCAUCAGGGAGAAUCCAUUUAUUAUAGGGUUUCCAUAUUUGAUGGUUCAACGUCACAAGUUCUCACGAAGUAGCUGUAAGAGUGUAGGGAUCGUUUCUUGCAAUUCCAUUAAUGGCCAAUCUAACAUCUCGUCGUCUUCCUGGUUAUACACUGUGCCUAGUCCCUGGUAUUGUCAAGAGGCCGCAAACUUUUACCUAUGGUUUCAGAAACAGAGCAAAGACCUUAAAAAUGAGAGUGGUAUCCGCAAUUCCUCAAGCGUCUGCUUCUUUGGCUCCCAUUGCUCCACUGAAAGAGGUCUUCUUAGGCACUGCAAAAACCUCUCUGAGCCUUGCUGCUAUAUGUGUUUUUGUGGGGUUGUUGCAGAGAUCUAGGCAUAUCACUCCAGAGACACCAGCAAUUCUAAGUCAGGUGACUUUCAGAAUAACCGUACCCUGUUUUCUUAUAUCCAAGGUCUCCAAGAUUGUUGCUCUUGAAGCUCAAUGGAGUCUGCUUUCUCUACCUGUGAUUGCCAUCCUACAGGUGCUUACUGGAUGGUUACUCGGGAAGGCUGUUUUUCACUUGAUGAACAAAACCAACUGUAUGGUCCCCAUUGAUGCUUGGGGCAAUCAAGUUUCUAUGGCAGAUGUUUCUGUAAAGGAUAUUGAUAUUCUUAAAGAUGAUUCCUUGAUUAUUGCUGCUUGUGCAUUUGGCAAUAGCGUAUCCCUUCCUUUGGUCAUCCUUGCAGGACUGCUUUCACAUGUCGAUGGUGGUACUGCAGCAGGGUAUGUUGCUCUUUACAAUGUUGGUGGGUCUCCUUUACUUUGGAGUAUUGGGUAUCAAUUGUUCUCUCCUGAACGCAAGGAAGUUCUAUCGUUGUCACGACCAUCACUGCAAUCCUUCAUUCAGUUCGUAUGGUUUUGGAUUCGGCGUAUCUUGAAUCCUCCCAUCUAUGGGACUUUGAUUGGACUGGUUAUUGGGGCAACACCAAUUUCAUAUUUUUUCUAUCCUUACAAGGGAAAGUUUCUCGAUAUUCACCAAUCAUGUGAAGGCUUUAGAGUUCUCCACGAAGGUCUGGUUUUGUUCUGCCAAUCUAUCAUGGAGGCAUCAUCGUUAUUGGGGUCAGCAACGGCUACUGUUCAGACAAUUAUACUGGCUUGUGCCAUUGGACCUCUUAUCUCAGACUUUGGCCUAAGAAAAGGUGCUGCAUAUGAAACUGAAACAGAGUCUGGAGAAUUUAAUAGAGAAAAGGGAUAUACUAUAGUUCUUGAUAAGCACAUAUUUUGGGCAAUUAUAUGCAUCCGUCUUAUUGGAAUACCGUUUGCCAUUCUAUUCCUAGUUAAGGGCUUGUUGCAUAUGGGCUUGCUACCAAAGAAUACAAUUUUAGUGUUCACAGUAUUGGUAGUGAGUGCCAUGCCAACUGCCCAAAACCUUGCUGUGAUGCUACAGCUGAAUCCAAGCAAAGCACCUCUUGUUGAAACAUUUGCAAAUCUUCUCCUUUAUGAGUUCCCGGAAGGCCAGUAUAGGUUCCAUACCAGCGUUUGAAAACACAAGAUGAGAAAAAGUUAAAAUGUCCGGGGGUGUAAAGUAGUCAAUUUUGAAUUGAACUGACUCCAGAGUCCGGACAUUUCAAGUUUCUGGCCCAUCCGCAUAAAGGUGAAAUGACAUGUGAAAAUAGUAAUUUUUAGGGAAAUUAUAAAAAAACAUACCUUUUUUUAAUAAACCUCGAAAUUUUCAGAACUUCAACCGUACUUAUUUUUUCCACUGUUUGCGUCUUUUGAUGAGAAUACCCUUCACGGUGGUCUUAGAUCUGUGAAGGCAUCACAAUCGACCAAGAACUAUGAUGGUCAUAGCGGGUUCCAAGCGAAUACAUCGACACUUAAAGAAUCGUGAUGGAUUUUUGAACCAGUACAUGGUCACUUGAAGCAUCAUGGCACUUAAAAAAUCGCGAUGGUCACUUGAAGUAUCAUAACACUUCAAGAACCACAAUGGUCACUUGAAGUAUUACGGUAUUUAAAGAACUGUGAUUCACAUGAAGCAUCAUGAUACUUACAGAACCUUGAUGGUCAUUUGAAGCAUCAUGACACUUGAAGAACUGUGAUAGUCACAUGAAGCAUCACGACACUUGAAGAACUAUGAUAGUCACAUGAAGCAUCACGACACUUAAAGAACCGUGAUGGUCACUUGAAGCAUCACGACAUUUAAAGAAGUGUGAUGCUUUUACGGACUUAAUAUUCUGUGAAGGGUAUUUUAGUCACAAAAAUACGAAAAAUGAUGAAAAGGGGUAUGGAUGAGGCUUUGAAAAA